UUAACCUCUUCCUGUUAGAUGGGGAAGGAAAUAAGCUAGAUAACGUAAACUUAUAAGGGCUCACAUACCCCGAGAACAUCCUUAGAGAUUCAGUUAGCCUCCCAAAAUAUCCACAGCCUCUCUGAGACAAUCCACCUCCAGUUUCUGCUGACUCAUUCAGUCUGCACAAAGCAAUGAUGAGAGAACAUCUCAGCCGUGUGCUUAUCCUCCUGGUCAUCACAUCCUCUUUAAAAACAUUAAACUCUGAAGAGGAGCUAUGGGACACACAUUUUGGUUAUCCACCACCUCGACACGGACUAGCCCUACUUACUUGGUAUGUGAAAAAAUGCAUCGACAAUAACAUGGUGGCACUUUGCGACCCUGUGGCAGGAGUGUUUGGAUUCCACGUUUUCCACAACACUGGACGCCUGCUUCCCCCGCUGAAGGACAAACGCACAUAUGCAUACUUCACCAUAGGAAACCUUCACUAUAAGCAUGCGGAGGAUCUACCCUAUGAAGUGAGAAAAUACUAUGAUCCCCAUAAUAAAUUGAGCAACAUGGACAGAGUCAUUGUCAAACUCAACAUGAACAAAAAUAAAAUUGAGGAUAUUUACAUAUCAGAACACUAUAAUCCACCCAGAACCUUUAAUUUAGGGGAGAAUCUCAUUGAUAGUUUAAGGCAACUCCAGAACUCAUAACACAAAGCAUCAUUUCAUCAAAAAAUGAAUAAAAUGUAUGUCAAUUGAAACUUUUUUAAGAUUUUCAAAAUGUCCUUCCUUUGUUUCCCCACAGCAGACCCCUACAGUCUUUUUUUAGCAUUCUCAGUUUCGUAUUUUCAGGUGAACUUUCAUUUCUGAUUUGUUAUUCUGUGUUUCCCCAUUGUAAUUCCACUUCCCUGUUUUAUUCAUUUACAUUUCACUCUAAAAAAAAUGCUGGGUUAUUAUCAACAAGCCAGGGUUGGGUCAAAAAGGGAUAAACUUGGCCGCUGGGUUAAUUUAACCCAGAAAAUGUUUAUAUUUGACCAAACAAUGUGUUAAAACAAGCCAGCAUAGGUUAGAUAGGCCCCAACAUAUUGGGUUAAUCCCAUUUUACCAAAUGGUUUUAUCUGACUUUCAAAUGAGAAAGCAUUUAACGUUUUGUCUUACAUUUUGUCAUUUACCCCAUCAGUUGCCACAUAAAUAUAUUGUACUAUACUUCCAUUCAAGUUAAAUGUCUUUCUUCUUCAGAAAACCCCAAAAAUGUAUUGCUUUUUAUUAGGAAAUGCUUAAAUGGGGGGGUUAAUGGUAUUUCAUGUAUUCUGACUUAUUAAAGAGCACCUAUUUCAUU